AUGUCUCACCAAAUAGUCGUCACCUCAACCAUCAGUGGCGCAAUACUGCUGUGUGCCAAUGCGUUUUCAGAUGUUCUCUUGCGCGCUGUAUCUGGCCAAAAGGUGCCGGAUCUUGCCAUGCUCAAAGAACAUCAUGCACGCUUCAAUAUAUGGGCCGAAGACCUAAGUGUAUCACCUGAAAGCAACGCGUCACCCGAGGAUCACCCUCAUCACGCUCCAGAUGCAAAGAACGUGAUAGGUAAACUUUUGCAACAAUUGAAAACCAACUUGGAAGCUAUUUUGUCUCAUAAUCACGACUCGCAAAUUCCAGAAAAGCCUGAAGAAACGAAUGAUGAGGAUGAAUAUUCUUCAGAUUCAUCUCUAGGGAUACAUGAAGAUGACGACAUGGAAGGCGAACUGGAGCUAGCGACAGAGAGCCAUUUCGCUACGAACAAACAUACCCAAUGCAUUGGAGAAAUAAUUUCUCAUUUAUACAGAUUUACCUCUAUCGUCAAAGAGCAACAUGUCGAUGCCGAAGACCAAAGGAUAAACCAAUGGGUUUUGGGAGAAGGCCAGAAGCUAGAACACCAGCUGGAGGGGCUCGAGUUAUAUAUAUCAUACUCGUUGGACAGCGACUUUCCUACACUGCAACCCUUUCUCAGAGAUCGCUUGAUAAAGACCGUUAUAGAAAGGAGAAAGCGACUUCUUUAUCGAUAA